AUGGUCAAAGAUCAACAGUUGAAGUACCGAAUUUUAGGAGAAAUUCGUACUUUCGAGUCGCAAAUAGCGUUCAAGAAAUUUAAUAAAAGAAGAAAUUUGGCAAGGAAACAGGAGGUAAAUCAGUGUCCAACGUCGCGGGAGGAAGAAAAAGUAGUGUCCUUCAAGUCGAAGGUAGAAAUCAGCAGGCUGGGAGGUCGGUUGAGCGAGGUGGUGGGUCCCGUCGUGGAGGAGGCCAUCGAGCCAGGGGAUGCGACCCCGCUGACGGGACCCUCGAGGGAGACCUCGAUUCCUCGAGCACCCCCACCGCAGCGUGUCACUACACCGAGCCCGCCGAGACCGCCGCCCGCUACGUCCCAGCAUCACCAGAAUCCGGGUCACCCGACCCACAAUCCGGGACCCCAGUCCCAAAAUCCCGGGCAUCACAACCCGGGUCAUUCGCCCCAAAAUCCGGGUACUCCCGACCACAACCCUGGUCACAACCCCAGUCACCAGACUCAUAAUCCGGGAAAUCCCGGCCACAAUCCGGGCAAUCCCGGUCACAACCCGGGAAAUCCCGGUCACAAUCCAGGAAAUCCCGGCCACAACCCGGGCAAUCCCGGACACAACCCGGGCAAUCCGGGCCAUAACCCAGGUAAUCCCGGCCACAACCCGGGUAACCCCGGCCACAACCCGGGUAACCCCGGCCACAAUCCGGGUAACCCAGGUCACAAUCCCGGUAAUCCGGGCCAUCCGAGUCCCGUUCAAGAAGAUCAGAAUCCCGCCGGCCAGCCAACGCAAAAUCCCGGCAAUCCAACGAGUCCAGGACGAGAAGCUCAGAAUCCUCGUCCGAACGUGAGUCGUCAACCAAGUCAGAAUCCAACCAAUCCGCAGAGCGGCAGAGAGCAGGCACAACCGACGAGUCAGCAGCAACCGCAACAACCGCAACAACCCCGCAACCGCAACCGCAACAUUUAG